UCCUUUGCUCUCCUGCCACCCUUCUCUUGGAUGGGUUGUUUUCUUGGAGUAUUUGAAGAUUUACUCCUGUUCGGUUGUACGUUUCAAACUGAAAUGAUUGCUCACCCCAAAGAUGUUUUUGUAAAGACAGUUUGGAUUACCGCCCAAACUCAGGCUUUCUGAGAUUUAUUUUAUUUAUUUGUUUUGUGUGUGAGAGAGGGAGAUUAAUUUUAAAUGAGUGAUGUGGUUGCCAGGGGAUAGAAAACUCUAUAAAUGGGAAUCAUGUUCUUCAUCGUAAAUUUUAUAGGGGAAACUGACCCUGAAAUUUGGGGUGUCUGUAAUUCUAUGCCCAGUAAAGUAUCAAUCUGGAGGUUCAUAAACCUUGGGAGUGCAUGUAAGAUUCUGGUUGCACCUCUGAGACUUCAGACUUAGAAGGGCUUGCUCUAGAAACUUCCAGUGGUACCAAGUACGUUAGUGCUAGGGAUUUCGUACAGUGUGAUUUUUUUCAUUUUAGUUCUGCAACGAAGCGGUAACGACCAGGAGCAAGCAUAUUUUCUCAGUGAUGUGUGGGUACUGGUUCGUUGGGUGGGAUGUUUGCUUUCUAGGAAAGAGCACUGCAUUAAAACGUUAGAAAACUUUCCACCGCUCUCUUGGAGAAAAUUAAUCUUGGUGUGUUAAACAGCUGUUCCACUUUUCUUUCAAGUUCUGUUCUUUAGUGAGGCUUCCUUAGUUUUGGAUCACGUUGUCCUUCUGGCUCAGCAUGAAAACAUGCUUUUUUCUAAAAGUGAAUCGAGCAUCACGAAGGAUUUCAUCAAAUGCGUUUCCGUCAGCAUCCUUUUCCUGCAGCGUGUCUAAUGGGCAUUUUAUUUUUCUGUGGGGGACAGCAGAAGAUGUUAAAAGGUUUUCUAGAAAAGUCACUUUAGCCAAGACUUCUUGAUUUCUAAACCGUAGUUUAGUGUCAACCGUAGGCUGACAGAUGAAGUGACUAGAAGUUUUCUCAUGAUGUUGGCCGCCAGAAGAGCCUAUGAGACUUACUGCUCAAGAUGGCCUUGUGUCAUGUGCCAGCUGGCCCGAAGUGCCUUCUUCAGGGGAGGCGUCCUGGCUGCCCGUCAGAGCCACAGUUACAGCAACACAGGCCUCAGACCUUCCCUGGAAGAUGUCUGAUGGUGGAUCUGUAAAGAAACCAGGCGGCUAGGAGCGGGAGGGGAGGAGCCCAGCUGUGAGGUGUGUGUGCCCAAGAACCAUGUCUACGCGGGAGUCCUUUAACCCGGAAAGUUAUGAAUUGGACAAGAGCUUCCGGCUAACCAGAUUCACUGAACUCAAGGGCACUGGCUGCAAAGUGCCCCAAGAUGUCCUGCAGAAACUGCUGGAAUCCUUACAAGAGAACCACUUCCAAGAAGAUGAGCAAUUUCUGGGAGCAGUGAUGCCAAGACUUGGCAUUGGAAUGGAUACUUGUGUCAUUCCUUUGAGGCACGGCGGUCUUUCUUUGGUUCAGACCACGGAUUACAUUUAUCCUAUCGUCGAUGACCCUUACAUGAUGGGCAGGAUAGCAUGUGCCAAUGUCCUCAGCGACCUCUACGCGAUGGGGGUCACGGAGUGUGACAAUAUGCUGAUGCUCCUUGGAAUCAGUAAUAAGAUGACGGACAGGGAAAGGGAUAAAGUGAUGCCCCUAAUUAUACAGGGUUUUAAAGACGCAGCCGAGGAGGCAGGGACGUCUGUGACGGGUGGCCAGACGGUGUUAAACCCCUGGAUCGUUUUGGGAGGAGUGGCUACCACCGUCUGCCAGCCCAACGAAUUUAUCAUGCCAGAUAACGCAGUACCGGGGGACGUGCUUGUGCUGACGAAGCCCCUGGGGACGCAGGUGGCCGUGGCCGUGCACCAGUGGCUGGAUAUCCCUGAAAAAUGGAAUAAGAUCAAGCUGGUGGUCACCCAAGAAGAUGUCGAGUUGGCAUACCAGGAGGCAAUGAUGAACAUGGCCAGGCUCAACAGAACAGCUGCAGGUCUCAUGCACACGUUCAACGCCCACGCUGCCACUGACAUCACGGGCUUUGGAAUUUUGGGCCAUGCGCAGAACCUGGCCAAGCAGCAGAGGAAUGAGGUGUCCUUUGUGAUUCACAACCUUCCCGUCCUGGCCAAGAUGGCUGCCGUGAGCAAGGCCUGUGGAAACAUGUUCGGCCUCAUGCAUGGGACCUGCCCGGAGACAUCAGGAGGCCUCCUAAUCUGUUUACCGAGAGAGCAAGCUGCUCGAUUCUGUGCAGAGAUAAAGUCUCCCAAAUACGGGGAAGGUCACCAAGCAUGGAUUAUUGGGAUCGUAGAGAAGGGCAACCGCACAGCCAGAAUCAUAGACAAGCCCCGGAUCAUCGAAGUCGCACCACAGGUGGCCACUCAGAACGUGAACCCCACCCCGGGGGCCACCUCUUAAUCUAGACCCAACUAGCUAUUUGGUUUUGUUUUUAAAUAGAUCUAUUUCCUUUUUCAUCAUUUCAAUUAAAGACUAUAAACAACAACAAAAAUCUCAUUGUGUCUACACAUCUGGUGACCUUAGGUCGAUUUGUGAGUGGAUGCAAUUAAUAAAAUAAAAUCCAUUGCCUUUUUUUCCUGUUACAUUAACUGAAGAUGCACCUAAUCUUGAGGCAGCUUCUGAGUUGAGAAUUAUAUUGUUAUCCAAUACUGUUGAUUCAUUUUGAAUCUUUAGACACUUAUCUCUUGCCGCAUAGGCUCUUCUUAAAGGUGCUUUCACGUAGCACAGACAUUACCAGUCGUGGGGUCAGAUAGCAGUUGGUGUCUUUUCAUUUUGUGUGUAUUUAUCGUUCCCGGUCUGGUCUUUUUUCAAAGUGUCUUGAAUGGGAUUCUGGAAAGAUGGAAUUGGUAAGUGACACAACGGUAGCCCGGUAGUGAGAGGGUCGCGUGAUUCCUUCCAGUCUUUCCUUUGUAAAGCCCGGUGUCCUCAUUCGAGAACAUCUCUUUGACCCAGGACAUUUUCCCAAUAGCGCAUUCAGUUGAACGAGGCAAGUGCUGAACUCUGCAUGGAAAGCACUUUGAAGACAAGAAAGAAAUCUAAUUUCUUUUUUUGUAGCCUUCCUAAUAUUUGCAGUAAUACCAUUAACUGUUUUCUUUUAUUGACAGCAAAAAAGGAUACUUUUUGCGAUGUAACUAGAUGUUCUAUAGUGCAACAAGGAAUUGCCCCCCGAAAGGGGGUUCGUGUAUAAUACUCAUUUACAAUUCAAUAUAUAAGUAACUACACAAAUAAUUUUUAAAUAUAAUCCAUAAUAAAGACUGUUCUGUGGAUGGUAGUGUUUAAUACAUUUUAUAUUUUGUAUAGUGAUUCAGGCCUCUUGUUUUCUUAAAAUCAGCAGUUAUUUAGCCUAAUUCUCAGCAUUAUUUUGUCCUUGGUGCCAGUCCAUUUUUGUGCACGCUUUUUGUGAUCUGUGUUAAAAAUCUGCAUUGCCAACAUCGCAGCUCGAACUUAAACUUGUUAUUCAAAUAAAUAUUUAAUUUUUUUUUUAAUGCUCUUGUAUAAUCAGAUGCCCCCUUUAGUAUUAUUUUAGAAGCGUUGGGAGGGUUUUGGCUAAAAGUACAAUUUAUCGGGGAAAACUAGAUUUUAGUUUUAUAAAACUUUUAAGUCUUUCACGGGACCUAUAUUUUCUUGAAUUAAAUUUUGUAGUUCUAGAACAAAUAGGCGAUCCAAAAAGGUGUUUCUCUGUGUUACUUAAAAACAGAGGCUUCCUUCUGUCUUAACCCACCAAACAGUAAGGAGGGGAUCGCUGUCAUUAAGCACACGAGUGCUCCGGUGGCUCAAGUGUCUGCCUAAGAGAAUAAAGCACCCCCGUCCCUGCGAGUUUCUGAAUGCCUCCUGCUUGCAGGCACCAAAGCCGUGAGAACAGACCCUCCUCUUGCCAAAGGAAACCAGCCCUCGGGAGAGGACGCCCCCGGAAGAGGCCUCACCGCGGAUGCGCCCUCCACCAGGAGCCAGAGGGCGGCCGCUGCGCGGGCGUGACUGGAACUCAAGCCAUACGUGCGGGUGUGCGGGACCCCAGGGGCCGCUCCGGAACUGACACUGAUGGGACGUUUUGUAGGCAUUUAUACAGAUGUUGGUCCCCAAAGGCUACAAACCAGUGGUCUGCAAAAUAAAAUGUGUUGGAAACCUCUGAGUAAGGUGAACAUGC